AUGAAAAAAUCAGUCUCUGCUAAAUUACCCGGAAAAAUUGUACUUACUAGCUCGAGAGCAAACAAUUUCGGAGAAAUUGAUUUUGAUAAUUUAAAUCUUGAAAAAGGUGUUUACUUAAGGGAUAUGCAAAAUACAAAGUUAAUGGUAAAAUUUCCAAUUAAAAUUUAUAUUUAUUUGUUUAAUCUUUAUUUAAUAAUCAAUAU